AGCUACAGAAAAUGGACAUCCUCAGCUGCUGAUUUUAAUUUUUAAAAAACACCCAUUUUACAUAUGCAUUGCACGUUUUUUUAUGUAGGUCUGGGUCAAGCAAAGAAUCUUAAUUUUUCUUGCAAGAUCAGCUACAACAACUCUUAAUUUGUAUAUAAAUUUUUUAUAUUUUUAUUUCUCUGAAGAACUUUCUUUCUACGCAUUUGGAGAUCACCCUUUUCAAAUAGAGAACAAAUGGAUAGAUCAAACCCUAAAUUCCACCCCCUUCAGCUCUAAAGAUCGAGUCUUUACUGAAAAGGAUCCAAGAUUGUCUGCUUAUUGAAUCUCUGAGAAAAUUGAAAUUCCCCAAUUAGAGGAAAAAAAGAUUCGUUGUCAAGAUGAUGUCCAGAUCAUAUACCAAUCUUUUGGAUUUGGCAUCUGGGAAUUUUCCUGUAAUGGGAAGAGAGAGGGAGCGGCCGCGGAUGAUGCCACGUGUAAUGACAGUGCCUGGGAGUAUAUGUGAGCUGGAUGAUGACCUGGCUCAUAGUGUUUCUUCUGAUAACUUAUCUUCACUUGCUGGUGAUCGGAUGAUUAUUGUGGCGAAUCUGUUGCCACUGAAAGCAAAAAGGAGACCGGAUAAUAAAGGCUGGAGCUUUAGUUGGAAUGAGGACUCAUUGCUUUUGAGACUUAAGGAUGGUUUACCUGAAGAUAUGGAAGUCUUAUUUGUUGGGUCUUUAUCCAUUGAUGUUGAUCCAAUUGAACAGGAUGACAUUUCUAGCUAUCUUUUAGAUAAAUUUAGAUGCGUGCCAACAUUUCUUCCCCCUAAUAUUUUGGAGAAAUAUUAUGAGGGUUUCUGCAAGAGGCAUUUGUGGCCGCUUUUUCACUACAUGUUGCCAUUUUCACCUGAUCACGGAGGUCGCUUUGAUCGGUCUAUGUGGGAGGCUUAUGUUUCUGCCAACAAGAUGUUUUCGCAGAAAGUAGUUGAGGUUCUUAAUCCCGAGGAUGAUUUUGUUUGGGUUCACGAUUAUCAUUUGAUGGUAUUGCCCACUUUCUUGAGGAGGCGGUUCAAUCGAUUGAGAAUUGGGUUUUUCCUUCACAGUCCAUUUCCUUCAUCUGAGAUUUACAGGACGCUUCCUGUUAGAGAGGAAAUACUUAAAGCUCUGCUAUGUUCUGACCUUGUUGGAUUCCAUACUUUUGACUACGCUCGACAUUUCCUUUCUUGUUGCAGUCGAAUGUUAGGUUUAGAGUAUCAAUCUAAGAGAGGUUAUAUAGGCUUAGAAUACUUUGGAAGGACAGUAGGUAUCAAGAUUAUGCCCGUAGGGAUACAUAUGGGUCAUAUUGAGUCUAUGAAGAAAAUUGCAUAUAAAGAGGUAAAGUUUAAGGAGCUAAAACAGCAAUUUGAAGGAAAAACUGUUCUGCUUGGAGUUGAUGACUUGGACAUCUUCAAAGGUAUCAACUUAAAGCUUCUAGCUAUGGAGCAUAUGCUCAAACAGCAUCCCAAGUGGCAAGGGCAGGCUGUACUCGUCCAGAUUGCCAAUCCUAUGCGGGGUAAAGGAAUAGAUUUAGAGGAAAUACAGGCUGAGAUACAGGAAAGCUGCAAUAGAAUUAAUAAACAAUUUGGCAAGUCUGGGUAUGAACCUAUAGUUUAUAUUGAUAAGCCUGUGUCAAGUAGCGAACGAAUGGCUUAUUAUAGUCUUGCUGAAUGUGUUGUUGUCACAGCUGUUAGGGAUGGGAUGAACCUGACUCCAUAUGAAUACAUCGUCUGUCGACACGGUGUAUCUGGUUCAGAAACAGAUUCAGGUGUAGGUGGACCCGACAAGAGCAUGCUAGUUGUGUCAGAAUUUAUUGGGUGUUCACCUUCCUUAAGUGGGGCAAUCCGCAUUAAUCCAUGGAAUGUUGAAGCAACUGCCGAGGCAAUGAAUGAGGCUGUAUCAAUGGCUGAACAAGAGAAACAGCUACGGCAUGAGAAGCAUUACCGUUUUGUCAGCACUCACGAUGUUGCUUAUUGGUCGAGAAGUUUCUUGCAAGAUAUGGAGAGAACUUGUGCUGAUCACUUUAGGAAAAGAUGCUAUGGUAUUGGUUUGGGCUUUGGGUUUAGAGUUGUUGCCCUAGAUCCCAACUUCAGGAAGCUGUCAAUUGAUGAUAUUGUGAAUGCUUAUAUUAAGUCUAAGAGCAGGGCCAUAUUCCUGGACUAUGAUGGAACUGUGAUGCCUCAGAAUUCUAUCAUCAAGUCUCCAAGUUCUGAAGUUAUCUCCAUCCUAAAUAGAAUUUGUGGUGAUCAAAACAAUACAGUCUUCAUUGUUAGUGGAAGAGGGAGGGAAAGCCUAAGCAAGUGGUUUUCUCCUUGUAGGAAACUGGGACUUGCAGCAGAACAUGGCUACUUUUUGAGAUGGGCUGAAGAUAAGGAUUGGGAAGUAUGCAGUCAGAGCUCUGAUUUUGGUUGGAUGCAUCUUGCUGAACCCGUGAUGCAAUCCUACACAGACUCUACAGAUGGUUCUUGCAUAGAAAGAAAGGAAAGUGCUAUAGUGUGGCAGUAUCGUGAUGCGGAUUCUGGAUUUGGGUUUUCUCAGGCAAAGGAGAUGCUUGAUCAUCUAGAGAGUGUUUUAGCAAAUGAACCGGUUGCUGUGAAAAGUGGUCAGUUCAUUGUGGAAGUGAAGCCCCAGGGUGUUACCAAAGGUUUAGUUGCAGAAAAAAUCUUUACAUCUUUAGCAGAGAAAGGAAAACAGGCGGAUUUUGUGCUUUGCAUUGGUGAUGAUAGAUCUGAUGAAGAUAUGUUUGAAAUCAUCGGCGAUGCUUUGUCCAGAAAUAUUAUUUCAUAUGAUACCAAGGUAUUUGCUUGCACAGUUGGACAAAAACCUAGCAAAGCUAAGUAUUACUUGGAUGACACAUCAGAGGUGGUGCUAAUGCUCGACUCCCUUGCUGAAGCCACUGAUACUCCAGUGACUUCCGAUGAAGAACCUGAGAGCUCCGCGUGAAUGUAGCUACGCAGUUGCUUGGUUACCUUCUCUGCUGAAUGUAUAUUCCAGGUCUGGAGAUCAGUUUGUCCAUUUGAUAGUUUAGGUUUUGAGGUUUAAGAAAAAUGGAAUCUCAAAUUCUGCUCAAUCAUUCUUUCCUUUCUGUUUUUUUCUAUUCUUUUAUCACAAUCCUGGAUGUAAUAUAUUUUAUGAGAAGGGGAGAAAUACAGAAGAUGAAUGCAGAUUCUUAAGGGAAAGAAAUUGUGCAGUGCUGGAGGGCAUUGAGCAUUUAUGCAGAAUCGGAGAAUCAUAAGAAGAGAGGGGCUGAGCCAAAAAUGUCAGACAUGGUUUCUGUAAGAUCGACAAGGGCAGAGAAUUUAUUAGGAUAGACAAAAGUUUGUGUCAUUCUUGAAAUAUGCUGAAACUAAAUGAAGUUCUUGCAGUUCGGGCUGCUUACGCUAAUUGUGGUGGCAAAGCUUUAACCGAAGACUGCUUCUGGCUGCUUGACAGUUGAAUUGGUUAGUAUAUGAGGUUUUCUUCUUUCUUAUAAGUUGGUCGUAUGUUGGACCUAGUUUAGAUUAUAGCAUUGUGUCUGUGGACAUGGAAUCUGUAGCUGGGUAAUAAGCAUCAAGAAUGUGAUUUGAGGCAAUGGUUUCAGCAGUUUUAUAAUUGUACAGUCUAAGAAUAGGAUGUGAAUUGGGAGAAAUUCUCUUCUUUUUUUCUUUUUAUAUUUGGUCCUAUCAAAAGCAUUGUGGAUAUAAGUUAAUGCAAGAGCAUUUUGUUUUAACGAUUAGAGUUUUCUAAUCAUAAAGCUCUCUACCACCUA